AUUCUUUUCUCUCUCUCACAAUCUAGAAAGUAUGUCCCACUCAGCGCAAGCGAAUACUAAACCGCCUUUCAUCGUCUUUGGAUAUGGUUCCUUGAUUUUCAAGCCUCCACCUCAUGUUAUCUCUCAAGUACCUGGAUUUCUGAGAGGAUAUGUUCGUAGAUUUGCGCAGAUGUCCCACGAUCAUCGAGGAACUCCUGAGAGCCCAGGAAGGGUCGUUACACUCAUACACAAGGAAGAUUGGGACGCAUUUUCCGGAUUGGAUCCGUUUCCAAAUGAUGAUGUCGUUUGGGGUAUUGCGUACACGAUAGACCCUGUGUACGAAGCAGAGGUUCGGGACUACCUAGAUUAUCGUGAAAAGGAUGGGUAUACGAUGGAAACGCUCGAUGUAUACGGAAUAGAUGAAACAGGGGGGGAGAGGGUGAUACUUCAUGGGGUCUAUUGCUAUGUGGGACGUAACGACAACCCAUCCUUCAUUGGUUCUGAACCCAUAGACGAACUUGCAUAUACAAUCUGGAAAUCGGUGGGCCCUUCCGGCCCUAAUAAGGAAUAUCUUUUCAACCUCGUACAAGCGGUGAGAAGGCUCGCACCUGAAGCGUACGAUUCGCAUCUGUACACACUCGAGUCGAGGAUAAGAGCCUUAGACGACCUGGGAAUGAAAAAAACAGCCAAUGGCGAUGAAAGUACCAAGAGUUAGUCCACUCCGGUAUCGAAAUUAGACGAACCCAAGAAUGUAUGUCGGUAUUCAUACUAGACAAUGACACACGAUCUCUCAA